AUGGCGAAUUUCAAUCCUCCAUCAAAGAAUUUCUUAUUAAUUGCCCUGUUCAUUAUUAUUUAUGUGCUUACGCCUAAAAGUCAGGCUAAACUAAUGAAGCCUUUAAAGUAUGAGCGACGUCAGGGAAACGUUUCGACUAUAUGCACGACGGGUAGUGCGGGAAGGUGCCUUACAACUACCACCUCAUCUGCUGUUGCGACUUCGACGUUUUGUGAAACUUGUAGUAGUAAUUCAAAUGAAAGGACAAUAACGCUAGUGGUAUCAUCAUAUAUAAUUGUAACCGAAUAUUAUACAUCAUCAUCUUCAUUUACGGGACCUACUAUUCAAACUUAUGUUCCUCCAAGUACUGUGAAAAAAAUAGAAACGUAUACACCACCACCAUCACCAACAA